AACUCUCUCUCCUGUGUGCUGGUCUUUGUUGGAAGGAGUAUCACUUUAAAAUUAGGGCGUAUACCCUUCGGAAAUCAGGAAAUACGUUAAUGUUUGUAAGGAGCCAUGGCAAGUCCCUCCCUUGGUUUAGUUUGACCCGUACGUACGUAUAUAUCUAUGAGUUUGACUGGUUAACCACGGUUUAACGGUUCAACGGCCGGCUCUGCAGAACAUCACCGCCAGGCCUCCCGGUAACAACUGUCCGUCAAUGGCUAAUUCCACCGCCAAUACAUCAGGUCAGCCUACAGCUACUGGAGAAAAUGGAGGUGCAGCAGUGAGCAACCCAGAGUACAUCGCUUUCAUUCUGGUGCCUGUUUUCUUCCUCCUGGGCCUGUUGGGGGUGGUCAUCUGCCACGUGUUGAAGAGGAAGGGCUACCGGUGCACCACUGAGGCCCAAGAUGGGGAGGAGGGGGAGUGUAAGGAGGAAGAAAAGGAUCCUGAGUUGGGCGAAGACAUGAAUGACACCCUCAGUGAAAACAAUGACACAGUCGGGCAGAUUGUCCACUACAUCAUGAAAAAUGAAGCAAACUCGGAUGCCCUAAAAGCCAUGGUUCAAGAAAACAGCAUUGACUCCGAUGGUCCUCCAGCCACCCCCACCUCUCCCGGCACCCCUCUCCCUCCGGUGACUCCAAUAUCGCCGGGUGCACCCCCAGGAGCCGCCAAGCACACCUGCAACCACCUGCACACCAUUGGCGGCCUGGGUGGCCAGAAGAACAUCUGCAACCGCUGCAGCCAGAAGAAGUGGCCGCUGAUGAGGAGGCCGUCGGCCCGUAAGGCGGAGCAGCGACGCAGCCUAAUCGGAGAGGUCACGGUCCUGGCUGUGGGCAGGUUCCGGGUGACUAAGUGUGAAAAGCCAACCAGGGAGAGGCGGACCCUGCUUAUAACGGACUCCAAUGGGAGCGUCCCUGCAUCUCCUACGGAGGUGGGGCCUAAGAGUCGGACAACGUCCGAGUCCCGGCAGGAGCAGACCAACAACAUGGACAAAGAGAAACGAUAGAAAUCCAGCUUUUCUACAGAGAGGAGGAAAUCAACAAUCUGGCCACUUUCCAAAAAAACCCCAAACAAGAACAUUAAAACAUCAGCGCUGGAGGAGCGAAGUGGACCAGGGAGUCGUCCCCUUCUCAUUCCUGCUCCACGGGGAGCCAAAGUGCUGCUGAUGAUGAGGACGACGGUGGUGAGAGUGACAUACAGAGUCACACCAGCCAGUUAUUUUACAAGGAGAAAGGGGAAAUUUGUGUCUAUUUCUGACACACUCCAUUUCCUCUGAAAAUGACACAGUUGUGCCUUGCUUAAGGACCUUUUAAGCAAAGCGGCUGCUUAAUGCCAAGGAAGCCUGAGCCACAGCUUAGUUACUCAAUAUGCAGAUGAUGUGUGUACAUAUGUUUUUGUAUGUGGAGGCUAGGAAAAGUCAGCAGUCAGUUAAUUGGUAACACUACACCACAGAAACAGAUACGGCCAGUCUGAGAUUAAGUUGUGGGGUUGUCAUUCCCAAACAGGAAUGAGCAACAAGCUGAUAACCGUGGUCAAAGAACCAGGAAGUAGAUUGGAAUAUUAGCAGAGGCGAUAAAGCCAUAAACUGUAAUAGUGUUAACAUGAUGUCAGAGGGUGCCUUUUUAUUCUCUUCCAAUCUGACCUCUAAUGAAGAAGAAACAUGGUUCUCACUCAGUGUUUUUUAUCAAAGUUUUAUUUUGACAAUAAAAGAAAACCAUAAGCCCACAUCCUCAGGCAGGUCCGUCUGCUCCAACCCUUCAAGGUGCCAGAUAGGUAUUACUAAAAUGUUAAAUCUUAUUGGUUUUUUGACAUGUCAGCUUAUGAAGUUUGUUUUGUAGUUGCAAAAGGUUGCCUGUUUAAAUAUCCAGCAGACAUUGAGCAACGUUAGCAGUUAUGUGUUUAUUAUAAUUUCUGUCCAUAUGAUGAACUCUUCUGUGUUUUUUUUUCUCCACUUAGGCGUUAACCAGGCGGAGAAUGUCGCAUAAAAAGAUGCAUUUGGUUGCAUUGUGGGAAAUGUAGAGCCAAGAGUUUUUGAAGCUUGGCCUAUUCUUGUGACUAAAAGUCAUUAUAUCUCGGCCUUUGCUGCUUUGAUAUUUUUAAAGUAAGAGCACUCCUUUUUCAAUUUUGUCUCCUGUAAGUCCUUCAGCUUUAUGGAGGUGCAGUACUAAAUCACUGGAGUAGCCCUCAUGAAGUAAGACAAUUAACCAAAGAUGUAUUUCCCCCAAUUUUUCCAACUUUGUGAAUGUCAUUUCAUUGUUACUUGUUUAAAAAAAAAAAAGCAUACAUAUACCUGUUAUUCAUAUUUUGCGACAGUUUGCUGUGUUUGUAUCAUUUUGUAAUGAAAGAAAUAAAGAUGACUAAUUCAUAUCAAACCAUAAA